AUGGAGUCGUUCAUCCACGAGGUCUGCGAAAGCGUUGACGGGUCAAGCGCACUUGUGCUCAUGAAAGUUGGCGAGACCAUUGGUGAUUCUUGCUUGACUGGUGAGACGAUCUGCGACUGUCGGGGAAACGGGCUGGUCAUGGGAGGUGUUGGAGGCGCAUUGGGUCGAGCGAAGGGGUUAUCGAGAGCAAAUGAUCGCGUGGUGGGAGUGCCGCCAGAUGAUGAAUUCGAGGAUGCAUGGCCAUGGUCUGACUCAGAGCUGAAGGACCGUCGCCUGCGAGUGAAUGGCGCGCCUCGUUCCAGCAACUUCUGUUGCAUUCGGCCACAGUCCUCCUCGAAUCCUUCGUGA